AUGACAAUCCCAACGAGAACGAACAUUGCUAAGAAUCCAAUUGUGGAAAAGGUGAUCGCCGAGCAAUUUCUUGCAGCCGAUCUUGCCGAAGUCGACCACUUACGAGAAGAGGGGAAGAAGUACAACUACAAGAGGAAGUUGGUAUAUCGAAAUGUUGCUUUGUUUGCUGCUCUCCAUGUUGGAAGUCUCAUCGGUCUUUAUCAGGUUGCGUUCGAUGCGAAAUGGCAGACGGUGGCAUGGAGUAAGUGUUCCAUAUUAUGCCCCAUAUUUUAA